AGAGAAGAAGAAGAAGGAGAAGAAGAAGAAGAAGAAGAAGAAGAAGAACUGCCUGAAAACAGUCAACAUGGCGUUCAGUUUUGGCGGUGCCACGAGUAACCCAGCGGCAAGCACAUCCGGGUUUUCUUUCGGUUCAUUUGGUGCCAAACCUACAGCAUCAACAGCAGCAUUUGGCUUUGGCCCCGCAGCCACCACCACCACCGCCGCCGCAGCCGGAUUCGGCACUCUCACUGCCCCUGGUUUUGGGGCAGCCACCACCACUGCUGCCGCACCAGCCACAGGAUUUAGUUUUGGCUCCACCAACACUGGCACGUUUGGUGGCUUUGGGACAGCUACAACAACUGCUGCUGCACCAGGGUCCACGUUUAGCUUUGCUGCUCCCGCCAACACCACAGGUGGACUGUUUGGUAACACGCAGAACAAAGGGUUCGGGUUCUCAUCGGGGCUUGGGGCUGGCACGGCUGCUGGGGCAGGAGGAUUUGGAACUGGAUUAGGAACAAGUGGCCUUGGUGGGUUUGGAGGCUUUAAUAUCCAGCCAUCUCAGCAGCAGCCAGGAAGCUUGUUUGGCCAGCAGGCCCAGCAACAGGCUCAGCCCACCCAGCUCUACCAGCAGGUCACUGCUCUGUCAGCUCCCACCUUGUUAGGAGAUGAGCGUGACUCCAUCUUAGCCAAAUGGAACCAGUUGCAGGCUUACUGGGGCACUGGCAAGGGCUACUACAGCAACAACAACCAACCUGUUGACUUCGGCCAGGAGAACCCGUUCUGCAGGUUCAAGGCGGUGGGCUACAGCUGCGUCCCAGUGAGUAAGGACGAGGAUGGUUUAGUGGCCUUGCUUUUUAAUAGAAAAGAAGCUGAUGUGCGAGCUCUGCAGCAGCAACUGGUGGAGUCCCUCCACAAAGUCCUGGGAAGCAACCAGACUCUCACUGUCAAUGUGGACGGUGUCAAAGCCCUGUCCAAUGACCAGACAGAGGUGAUCGUUUACGUGGUGGAGCGUUCUCCUAAUGGCACCUCCAAGCGGAUACCUGCCACCACGCUAUUCAGUUACCUGGAGCAGGCCAAUGUCAAGGUCCAGCUCACGCAGAUUGGAGUGGCCAUGACUGUGGCACGCACAGAGCUGUCACCAGCACAGCUCAAACACCUGCUGCAGAAUGCACCUGCAGGAGUGGACCCCAUCAUUUGGGAGCAGGCUAAGGUGGACAAUCCUGACUCAGAAAAAUUAAUACCCGUGCCCAUGGUGGGUUUUAAGGAGCUUUUUCGGAGGCUGCAAAUCCAGGAGCAGAUGACCAAACAGCACCAGACCAGAGUGGAUAUUAUAUCCAGUGACAUCAGUGACCUCCAGAAGAACCAGGCGACCACAGUGGCCAAGAUUGCCCAGUACAAGAGGAAGCUGAUGGAUCUCUCUCACAGGGUGCUGCAGGUGCUAAUCAAACAGGAGAUUCAGAGAAAAAGUGGUUACGCUAUCCAAGUGGAUGAGGAGCACCUCAGGGUGCAGCUGGACACCAUUCACUCUGAGCUGAAUGCCCCCACACAGUUCAAAGGUCGUUUGAAUGAAUUAAUGUCCCAGAUCCGGAUGCAAAAUCACUUUGGAGCUGUGAGAUCAGAAGAGCGCUACAGUGUUGAUGCCGACCUUCUGAGGGAAAUCAAACAACACUUGAAACAGCAGCAGGACGGUUUAAGUCAUUUGAUCAGCGUCAUCAAAGACGACUUGGAAGACAUCAAACUCAUAGAGCACGGGCUGAGUGACAGUGGACACAGAGGAGGCCUCCUGAGCUGAUCGACCCCACCAACACACAUACAUAUAUAAUGCUCUGACUCCCAAUAUCAAUCCUCCGAAAAGUGGCCGGCCCGUCACCUAGAAGAGUCAACUUGUCCUUUUAUGUCAUGGUAUAGGAUGCAUAUAAAGCAAUCUUUGCCUUUUUUAGGUUUGAUCAAAGGAGGGCAUCUGAAUAUCGAGUCUCUUGAGCAACAUUCAAGGACUGAGCCCCACUACCAACAAAAUGACGACGGCUUAAUCUGUGCUUUCCGGACUGUUAUUAAGAGCUUAAUGGAAAGACUCAACAUCGUCUAAUAAUAGCCGGCUCCCUCUUUGUUAAAGCAGAUUAUGGAAUUGAGACUAUGAUUGUGGCUGGCAUGUAAACAAAUCGUAGGAUUGAGUGUGUGCCGUGUUUUGAAUACAUUGUAAAUACAUCUUUGUAUUUCUUUUUUUAUGCUAUUGUCAGAAUGUUAAUAAAUUUCAUUUA